AUGGCGGAAGAGCUGGAGAACAGGCUGAAAGACAUCAAGAUCUCAACACUGAACGACAACUACACCGAAGAUCGCAGGCGAGAGCUGCGGGAGAAGUUUGAGACCCACCAGCAGCCCGUCGGCUACGGCCGUCCCAGGGGCUUUGCGGAGAGGGAGCACGAGUCGCACGACAGAGCGAUGCUAGUGAUGACGUCGACGGGGAUCGAGAAGAGAAUCUCGAAGCAGGUGUUUGUCAACAGCACUGGGGCUGCCAUCCCGAAGCCGAGGGAGAGGGCGCCAUGGAAGCGCUCGAUGCUUCAGCAGCCGAUGUCGUACGAGUCUCUCCCACCAAGGGAGGAGGGAGUUGAAGAGCCUCCUGCUCGUGCGAGCGAGGGAGUCCCUUAUGAGUAUUUCAACGUGGAGAGAUUCUCGGUCCUCCUUUCUCUCAACAUGGAUCUUGCACUCUCUGCGAAUGUUCCGACUGAAUGCUUCGAGGUCGUGCAAGUCAAGAAAGGAAAGAACUUGCAAGUUGUCAUUGACAUCAACAGCCUCGGCCUCCGGGCGGCAGGGCAGGACAUGUUGAGUCAGCCAACAGCCUUGAUGCUGGAAAAUCGUGUGCAGUGUGAUUGCAACGAGCAGAAGCUUCUGUGA